AUCAAAAGGUUGUCUAUCAACAACAAAACAAGAGAUCUUGAUAUCUCCUUAAACAAAGUACAAAGUUAUUUUCAUCCCUUUUUUGUGUUCUCAAACCCUAACAAUGCCUUCAACGUUGUCUUGUGUUCCCUCCGACAUCAACCACUUUGCCGUGGUCGAAGGUCAUGGCGUGAAGGGUCUUUCCGACUUGGGCCUCGAGUCUCUUCCCGAGCAAUACAUUCAGCCGCCGGAGGAACGGAUCACGACCAGCGCUAUUAUUGCCGACGACUCAAUUCCGGUCAUCGACUUGUCCGACUGGGACAGGGUAGACGACAAGAUCUGCGAGGCGGCGGAGAAGUGGGGUUUCUUUCAGAUCGUAAAUCAUGGAGUUCCCCUUGAGGUUCUGGAGGAGGUCAAGGCGGCGACUUACCGGUUUUUCCGGCAGCCGGCGGCGGAGAAGAACAAGCAUUCCAAGGAGAAUUCCCCGUCCCACAAUGUGAGAUAUGGAACCAGCUUUACUCCCCAAGCUGAGAAAGCUUUGGAGUGGAAAGAUUAUCUCAGUCUGUUCUACGUUUCCGACGAGGAGGCCGCCGCUCUGUGGCCGUCGGCCUGCCGGGAUGAAGCGCUGACGUUUAUGAGAAACUGCGACGCCGUUAUUAGAAGACUUUUACAGUCUCUAAUGAAGGGACUAAACGUAACGGAGAUUGACGGAACCAAAGAAUCGCUGUUAAUGGGUUCCAAGAGGAUAAACAUGAACUACUACCCCAAAUGUCCCAGCCCGGAGCUCACCGUCGGCGUCGGCCGUCACUCCGACGUCUCCACACUCACCAUCCUCCUCCAGGACCAAAUCGGCGGACUCUACGUCCGGAAACUCGACAGCGACACCUGGGUUCACGUCCCGCCGAUCAACGGCGCCAUCGUGAUUAACAUCGGCGACGCACUCCAGAUCAUGAGCAACGGCCGGUACAAGAGCAUCGAGCACCGCGUGAUCGCUAACGGAAGCAACAACCGGAUUUCAGUGCCGAUUUUCGUGAAUCCCAGGCCGAAUGACAUCAUCGGACCGCUGUCGGAAGUGUUGGAGAGCGGGGAGAAGGCGGUGUACAAGAACGUGCUUUACUCCGACUAUGUUAAGCAUUUCUUCAGGAAAGCUCACGACGGCAAGGCGACUGUGGAUUUCGCAAAGAUGACGAACUAGAAACACAAGUCAAACAACGUCGGAGAAAAUGAGGUUGAUUAUGAAUAAUCUGUGCGCAAUCAAAUGUUUCUCGACAAUUCUAAAAUGUGCAAGUGGUAACUUCGGUGAAGUUAUUCCUUCAUUCAUUUCUCCAUGUUACGUUCCUAUAUUUUGUUUGUUAAUGAAAUUUUUAUUUUAGGUUUAUCA